AUGGAGCGGAUCGUCGGCGGCAAGUACAAGCUCGGCCGCAAGAUCGGCAGCGGAUCGUUCGGUGAAAUCUUCCUAGCUACUCACACCGAGACGUUCGAGAUCGUCGCCGUUAAGAUUGAGAACAGUAAAACAAAGCAUCCCCAACUGCUUUACGAAGCCAAGUUAUACAAUAUCCUUCAAGGAGGAAGUGGAAUUCCGAACAUAAAAUGGUCCGGCAUAGAUGGCGAGGACAAUGUGCUAGUUCUCGAUUUGCUGGGACCAAGUCUUGAGGAUUUGUUUGUGUAUUGUGGGAGAAAGUUUUCACUCAAGACUGUCUUAAUGUUGGCCGAUCAAAUGAUUACGAGGAUAGAGUUUGUGCACUCGAAAGGUUUUCUGCAUAGAGACAUAAAACCUGAUAACUUCCUCAUGGGUCUUAGUCGAAAAGCAAGUCAGGUUUACAUAAUUGAUUUUGGUCUUGCAAAAAGAUAUCGAGACUCCACAACCAAUCGUCACAUCCCUUACAGGGAGAAUAAAAACUUAACAGGAACUGCACGUUAUGCAAGCUGCAAUACUCAUCUUGGAAUUGAGCAAAGCCGGCGUGAUGAUUUGGAGUCUCUUGGAUAUGUUCUUCUGUAUUUUCUCAGAGGAAGCCUUCCGUGGCAGGGUUUAAAAGCUGCCACAAAAAAGCAAAAGUAUGACAAAAUUUGUGAGAAGAAGUUAUCAACCCCUAUUGAGGUUCUAUGCAAAUCUCAUCCGGUGGAGUUUGCGUCAUAUUUCCAUUACUGCCACUCACAGACAUUUGAUCAGCGGCCUGAUUAUGGAUUCUUAAAGCGACUAUUCCGUGAUUUGUUUACUCGUGAAGGAUAUGAAUUUGAUUUCAUAUUUGAUUGGACCAUCAUAAAGUACCAGCAGUCACAAAACAAUAGAACUCAGUCUCAGUUGUCCCCAGUUCCUGGACGAAGCAACAGUCAUGCGAUGCCAGUGCGUGUAGAUAAUCAUCAAGUGGCAGGAGGUGCUAGUGCUUCUUAUCCAGCUGAGGUCACAGAUCGAAUUAGAUCAAACAAUGCCACUGGUCCUGGUGUUCGGAUGCAAUUUAAACCAUCAACAGGCAGGAAUUUGAAUUAUGAUAAUCCCCUUGAAAAGAAUAUUGCAAAUGAAGCAUACCUGCCAUCUACUUCAUUUUCUGGCACCUCAAGAAGGAAUUCCACAAAACCUAUUUUGCCCACUGAAGCUGCAAACACUGGUCAUGGACAUGGCAGUAAAGUAGGUCCUUCAAGUAGUUGGAUUCAGUCACUGCAGCGCAUCUCUUCAGCCAACAAAUACUAUUCGCCAGACAUAUUAGCAUCAUUGUUGACUGGGUGCGGUCCACUGUGUUUUAACAACAGAUUUGCUCCAGAAGAUUCUAGCACAUCUUUGAAGCUCUGCUGA